UGCGCAUUCAGGUUGUGGAUUCAAGAUGAGAAGGUUAAACUUCAUGCCUUUACGCAUUUAGAAAGUAGACAGAUUGCUGCAAUAAUUUGGGGGUAAGACCAGUUCUCCGGUAUAAUCGAGCAAAAGACUGGAUUUGGAAAAUAAUUCAGUACAGAACAAUGGCGAAUUCGGCGCUCGACAACGCCAUUGCGUUCAGCAGGUUUGCUUUCAUGAUUCUGGGAUGUACAAUGGGUCUGAUUUCAGGACAAAUUCGCUAUUCUAUCCCCGAGGAAAUGGAAUUAGGGGCGUUUGUUGGGAAUAUCGCUGAAGAUUUGAGAUUAAAUGUACCGCAAUUGUCCGCUCGUAAAUUGCGACUAACCUCUGAUAAUGGUGGACAGUAUAUGAAGGUUAAUUUGGAUAGUGGAUUUCUGUAUAUUCAUGAAAGAAUCGACAGGGAGUUUCUUUGUGGACCAGCAACAAUGUGCACUAUUCCGUUUGAAAUAAUACUGGAAAAUCCUUUGACGGUGCAUCGCGUGGAAGUGGAGAUUCUUGACGUAAAUGACAAUCGCCCCACUUUUCGGGAUAGCGCCGUUGCCUUACAGAUAGCCGAAACCAUUGCACCCGGGAUACGCUUCCCUCUCGUGAGUGCGGAAGAUCCGGACAUUGGAAUAAAUACAGUCGCUGCUUAUAUAAUCAGUUCCAAUGAAUACUUUAAUCUGAAAGCGCAGAGAACUGAGAACGGCGUUAUAAGUGCUGAGUUACAGUUAGAAAAACCAUUAGACCGAGAGAUGCAGUCAGCCUUUCAGCUGAUCCUGACGGCUACUGACGGGGGAAUCCCUCAGAGAUCCGGCACAACUCAGAUUCUCAUUACCGUAGUGGACGUCAACGAUAACCCACCAGUAUUUGAUCACGAAAUAUACAAGGGCAGCUUAAUAGAAAGCGUACCAAAAGGAACCAUGGUUAUGAAAGUCAAAGCAAAUGAUUUGGACGAAGGGCUAAAUGCUGAGAUAACAUAUUCUUUCAGUAAGCUAACUUCACCAAAGGUUCUCGAAUUGUUUAGUUUGAACCCCCACACUGGGGAGAUUCGGGUCGCAGGAGAACUAGAUUAUGAAGAAACAUCCAGUUAUUCCCUGAAUGUCCAAGCUGUGGAUCACGGAUCACCUGCGAUAGCUGGGCACUCCAAAGUUUUCAUCAAGGUGAUUGAUGUAAAUGACAAUGCGCCCGAGAUAAAAGUGACAUCCGUUACGAGCAAAAUUCCGGAAAAUGCUCCACCAGGAACUUUGAUAAGUUUGCUCAAUGUCAUUGAUCGCGAUUCUGGAGAAAACGGGCAGUUUCACUGUGAUGUCCCAAAGAAUAUUCCCUUUAGAAUUCGAAUGUCAUCGAAAAAUCAUUUUGAGUUGAUUACCAGUGAUCUGUUGGACCGUGAAGUAGUCGCUGAGUAUAAAAUACCUUUUGUAGCUCGGGACUUAGGUUUGCCUUCGCUAUCGACAAAUAAAAGCAUCCAUGUUGUCAUUUCAGACGUUAAUGAUAACGCCCCACAGUUUGGUGCAUCGUCUUUCAACAUAUAUAUAAUGGAGAAUAACUCUCCUGGCAGUUCUAUUUUCGCGGUAACUGCAAAGGAUCGUGACAUGGACCAGAAUUCCCAUAUUUCUUAUUCCUUUCUGGAGAAUCUUGUUCAAGACUUUCCAGUGUCAACUUACCUCAGCAUUAACACGAUGAACGGAACCAUUUACGCGCUGCGUUCUUUUGACUAUGAGGAACUCAAAGCUUUCCAGCUGCAUAUUCAAGCCCGUGACGCUGGAGUGCCCCCGCUGAGCAGCAGCGCUACAGUAAAUGUGAUCAUCCUGGAUCAAAAUGACAACGCUCCGGUAAUUGUUUCGCCUUCAGCACACAGUGCACCAACAGCAGUGGAAAUCGUUCCGCAAUCAGCGGCCCAGGGGUACUUGGUUACUAAGAUAAUGGCAACCGAUGCAGAUUCUGGUCAGAACGCGCGGCUAUUUUAUCAAAUGGUGAAAGCUACAGAUCCCAGUUUGUUUAACAUUGGAGAAAAUUCUGGUGAAAUCAGAACAGCGCGCAAAAUCUUGGAGUCCGACACAACUACACAAACUCUUUUCAUCUUGGUGAAGGACAACGGGAGGCCAAGCCGCUCCAGCUCGGUUACAAUGCAGAUUGCAGUCUUGCAGAAUAUCACUGAAAAAGUGACUGGUAAAUCUUUGAGGAAUUCCGAAUAUUUCCCUGAUUUGAAUCUUUAUUUAAUAAUCAUUUUCGGUUGCACUUCCGUUCUGUUUCUUGUGAUUAUCCUUCUGCUAAUUGGCAUGAAAUAUAAGCAGAACACAAAUAUCUCCCAAGAAUAUUAUUCUCCCAGUUGUCGUGGAGAUUCAAACUGUACGUUCAAUCGGAGACCUGCAAUGGAGGAAACUUUGCGCUAUCCUGGGACUGGUCGUAUGAUUCACGUACAAGAAGCGCAACAUUACUCGGUCUGUCUGUCUCCAGAAUCAGCGAAGAGCGAUUUUCUCUUUUUGAAGCCAUGCAGCGCACCCAUGUCUCAGGCCCAAUGCUAA